AUGGCCGGGAUCAGCGUCCGCGGCGGGAGCAACCACCCACCGCUGUUCGUGAUGGAGAAACCGACGCGGAUGGCGACGUACGCUUACCGGCUGUUCGCGAGCACGGUCCUCGCGGGGGUUCUCCUGGUAUGGCUGUACAGAGCCACGCACGUGCCGCCGAGGAGCAGCGGCGCCCGGUGGUGGGCGUGGCUUGGGCUCUCCGCGGCGGAGCUCUGGUUCGGCUUCUACUGGGUGCUGACGCUGUCCGUGCGGUGGAGCCCCGUCUACCGCCGCGCCUUCCCGGACCAUCUCUCGCGAAGGUACAAGGAAGAGCAGCUUCCUGGGGUGGACAUAUUUGUGUGUACAGCAGACCCCACUGUUGAGCCGCCAAUGCUUGUCAUCUCCACAGUCCUAUCUGUUAUGGCUUACGACUACCCGCAGGAGAAGUUGAACAUCUAUUUGUCUGAUGAUGCUGGUUCCAUCAUAACAUUAUAUGCUCUAUAUGAGGCAUCAGAGUUUGCAAAGCACUGGCUUCCAUUUUGCAAGAAGUACCAAGUGGAGCCCAGGUCACCAGCUGCCUACUUUGGUAAAGAAGCUACCCCUCCUGAUGCAUGUGACCGUAAAGAGUGGUUUUCCUUGAAGGAGAUGCACAAAGAUUUGGCAGAUCGAGUGAAUUCAGUCGUUAAUUCAGGGAAGAUCCCUGAUGUUUCAAAAUACAAGCUUAGGGGCUUCUCCAAGUGGAGCGAGAAUACAAGUUUUAGAGAUCACCCUUCAAUAGUUCAGAUUUUAAUUGAUGGAAACAAAAGAAAAGCAACUGAUGUCGAUGGAAAUGUGUUGCCCACACUGGUUUAUAUGGCUCGUGAGAAGAGGCCUCAGGAACAUCAUCACUUCAAGGCUGGAUCACUGAAUGCUUUGAUAAGGGUAUCAUCAGUGAUAAGCAACAGCCCAGUCAUUAUGAAUGUGGACUGUGAUAUGUACUCCAACAAUUCAGGGUCUAUCAGAGAUGCAUUGUGUUUCUUCCAAGAUGAAGAGCAAGGUCAAGAUAUUGCUUUUGUUCAGUAUCCUCAGAACUUUGAAAAUGUGGUGCACAAUGACAUCUAUGGCAAUCCCAUCAACACCGUCAAUGAGUUAGAUCAUCCUUGCUUGGAUGGAUGGGGUGGAAUGUGUUACUAUGGCACAGGAUGCUUCCAUCGGAGAGAGGCUCUAUGUGGGCGAAUAUAUAGUCGAGACUACAAGGAAGAUUGGACUAGGGUGGUGAGGAAAACUGAUGUCAGUGACUUGGAUGGGAUGGCUGAAUCACUUGUGACUUGCACAUAUGAGCACAACACCCUUUGGGGAAUCGAGAAGGGAAUUAGAUAUGGUUGCCCACUGGAGGAUGUUAUUACAGGAUUGCAGAUCCAGUGCCGUGGGUGGACAUCAGUUUACCACAACCCGCCGAGAAAGGGCUUUUUAGGCAUGGCCCCGACCUCACUAGGUCAGAUCCUGGUUCAGCACAAGAGAUGGACAGAAGGGUUCCUCCAGAUCUCCCUCUCAAAGUACAGCCCGUUUCUUCUAGGUCACAGGAAGAUGAGGCUGGGCCUUCAAAUGGGUUACUCCGUCUGCGGGUUCUGGGCUCUUAACAGCUUCCCCACCUUGUACUAUGUCACCAUCCCUUCACUUUGCUUCCUCAAUGGCAUCUCAUUGUUCCCUGAGAUAACCAGUCCCUGGUUUGUACCGUUUGCAUACGUUGUUGUGGCUGCAUACUCCUGCAGUUUGGUGGAGUCACUGCAAUGUGGCGAUACUGCUGUAGAGUGGUGGAACGCACAAAGGAUGUGGCUUUUCAGAAGAAUCACCUCAUACCUCUUGGCCGCCAUCGACACAAUCCGCAGAAUGCUUGGCAUCACUGGGUCAGGAUUCACCCUGACAGCGAAGGUGACUGAUUCACAGGCCCUAGAGAGGUACAAGAAGGGGAUGAUGGAGUUCGGAUCCUUCUCCGCAAUGUUUGUGAUCAUUGCAACCGUCGCACUGCUUAACCUGGCAUGCAUGAUGCUCGGGGUGGCAAAAGUUUUGUUGCAUAAAGGAGCGAUGAGUUUGGGAGCUAUGUUUGUGCAGGCUAUUCUAUGUGCGCUAAUAGUCGCGAUCAAUUUCCCAGUGUAUGAAGCACUGUUCCUCCGCAACGACAGUGGCAGAUUACCAGCUUCCGUCAGUCUAGUUUCGCUCUGCAUUGUAUUGCCAUUCUGUAUACAGCCAACCAACUUGUAG